UAAGUCAGAGAGGUGUGCCUUCAAUAAGCAAUAUCAACAGAACCCACACAGCUGCACCUCUUCCCCACCUCUUUAGACAAAUAUUUAAUAGAAAUCACAUCACUGUUCAAAUAUUACCAUUAAAGAUAUGUGGGGAGGCGCACCUUAAUAUACGGGACGAUUGCAGAGUUUGAGCCAAACCAGUUUCCUGCUGGCUGGAUUGUCACAAUCAUCACAUCGCAUCCUGAAGAUGGCCUCUCUGCGUGUGUUUGUUUGUCUGCUGGGACUGGUUGUCCUGUGUCACUCUGACAGCUCCUGCUUCUUCAAGGAGUUGGAGGUCAAAGAUAAAGCAAAUCCCCCAAAAGGAUGUGAGGAUAAGGAUGGAAAGCUGCAUGAUUUUGACACGGCGUGGGAAAGAGACUGCAAUGAGUGCUACUGUUCAAGAACUGGACUGAGCUGCUGUAAUAUGAUCUCUUAUGCAGGACUCGUUCCUGAUGAGUGUGAGCUGGUUGUGGAUAGGACAACCUGCUCUGCCAAGAUGGUGCAGAAAUCAGACAAAACUAAAGAGUGUAACCCUCUCUGAACACACUACAAGUUAAACUCAACACAUGAAAGGCGAUUGAAACCCAAACUGAAAACAGAUCUUUUUUCAUUUUUCACAUUUUAUCUACUACUUCAUGUUGUGUGCACACAUUAAAUCACCAAAAAAAAAAACCAACCACCUCAUUAACCUUACUUUUCUUUCAGUGUUAAUAAACUUAAAACCUGUUGCAA